UUACCAAAAAUAAGCAGUUCGAGCGGGAAAACGAAUAUGUAAACAUCGCAACCGUUGGCAUACGCGUAAAUUUCUGUUGAAUGUUGAUGAAUCUGGAAAAAUAAUAUAUUUUCCAUAAACGUUAUUUUUGUUCUUGUGAUGUGAAAUUUUGUGUAAAUUAAAACGCUUCAAACAAAACGAAUAACCAUUAUCACGGCAGGAAGGUCGGUCAUAUAGGAAACGGUCUUCCUUGACCUGACAAGCGCAUAGAAUGGCUAACCUAGGCAUCCCACGGACUCGCCCAAUUCUCGCAGAAAUCCCGGCGAGAAUGGGCUUUCAACCACAGCAACGGGUCGAUACUCCGUUGAUGGUAAACGGGAGAAACGCUUUGGACCCAAGACUGAUCGAUAAUUCUGCGGCUAACAUUCCGGACAGUUAUCUAUCCCCGCGUAUGUCCCCCGAAGAAGCCGUAAUUCAACAGCGAGGCCGACGUCGUGUCCCCAUCAUCUGGAGUCCGGAAAAAUUCUUUCAUCUGUCGCCAAACAAAACACCAACGAAGAGUCUUACGGCAAUGACGCUCAGAAGUUCACCUCGGAAACGAUCUCUAAUGCAGGAACUUUCGGAAGCAUCGACGUCUGCUGUAGAAAGUUAUGCGUCGCCUUCUACUAAACGCAGUCCUUCGACUAAAAACUCUCCCAGCGCUAAAAAGAUGCGUUUUGACGAAGGAUCGAUAAAUCGAAACAAAUAUGAUGUUCCGUUGGAAACUCUGCUCAAGGGCUUGAGCCACGAUCAACUGAUUUCAAUUAUCACUGGUUCGGUACGAGGAAACCCUCGGCUAGAGGAAGCAAUUCGCUGCGAUUUGCCGAUACCAGAUAUUACACCGCUGGAGGAACAACUGAGCUAUCUGAAAAAGAACAUUUCCAAAAGUUUGCCAGCAACACGUUUAGUUAGCAAAACGGACAGUCCAGCGUAUGCACGAGCUGCGACUCAUCUUGUUUCGUUCAAGAAAAUGCUCAUCGAUCACAGCCAAACACUGCAUACCUCAAAACACUGGGACGCCUUACUUGAUUAUGUCAUGAUGGCCUGGACCUACGCACGAGCUACACCCAUUUGGGACAAUCCACCUCACAACGCCGUUCGAAGACACUGCUUUAAAAUAUUAGCAUACCACGCUAGCAGCGCACUGAAGCACGGACAGACAGGAUUGGGCCAGGAGCGAUUGAAUAAGUUUCAGCAACAAAUGAAAGCAAUGACCUCUGACUGCGAAGAUAUCAACGACUGUACCGCUCUCAUCCGCAGUCUGUUGGACAAAGUUUCAACUGUUUGAAAAUUGAGCUACAUACUUAUCAUUCUACCAGGGCUUAAGUACAAGUAGGAAAAAAGUUCAAAAAGCUAUAUAUUCCAAUUUUUUUAAAUCAACUGAAUC